ACAGUAACAUCACUGCUUCGCCGGGCGGGAUUUCCGCAAUAAUAUCAAGUAUGGCGAAGACAUACGACUAUUUGUUUAAAUUACUGUUAAUCGGCGACUCUGGUGUCGGGAAGACCUGUGUCCUGUUCAGGUUUUCAGAAGACGCCUUCAACUCAACGUUUAUCUCAACUAUAGGUGAGUUUUUCUUUGUAUAGACGGUUGUCUCUCUGUCUGUUUACAGUACGCUAGUGGUCUGUCACGGAGUCUCCGUCUAUUUGCUGGAAUGCUGGCUAUGCUACGUUGAAGGCUGGAAGUAGUUUCUCUUUUGUCAUUAAUGAAACGUCUGUUGUUUCAAAGAUGCUUUUGACUUAAUAAACUUGUAGAUAAGAGAUAGCGAGGUGUAAAUGUAUAAUGUGUGCUUUUUGUUCAAAGGUAUAUUAGAGAUGUAAACGUAUGUGGUAUAUAUUGAAGUCAUGCCGGGUGUCAGCGGAGAGAUGAGACAUUAGCUGUUGGCCACUGUCUACUUCCUGGAAAGACACCGGAAAACCUACUAUAUGUUCAAGCCAUGUAUGGUCGUUUUCGCGGUUUUAGGUUGUAACUGUCACGACAAAGAACAGAGUCGACGUUUCAUAUCAGUUUAUCGCGAGUAUUUAUGUGUGUCUGUAGAUUUUUGACAGCUAUAUGAAGCUAACAUUAUAAUUGACACGCUUGGUCCCUCUGUGUCCCCUCAGGCAUCGAUUUCAAGAUCAGGACAAUAGAGCUCGACGGCAAGAAGAUAAAGCUGCAGAUAUGGUGAGUUUAUUCAAUCCCCUUUUUUCACCAUAAGUUGAAAGAUGGUCUUGUUUUAUAUAUGUCUGAUUAACAUGUCAUGGAGGGCACACAUGUUAUUCCUGGUACGAUCAGGGGUGCCUUCAAGUCCUGAGACCCUCUGAACCACAAACAUUGUGUUACUGAUUUGUGAAGUUAGAUACACUGGUGCUCAAUUAUAAAUUGAACAUAAUGCUUUCCAGUCAUUUUAACCAUUGUAUCUACCUAUGCUGAUAUUGAUUUGACAGCUUACUCAAAAGCUACUAAAGUUUCAUACAUCUCUGCUGUCAUAGAGUAGUUUGUGUAAACCCGUUUAAAGACAUGACUGUCAUUCUAAAUCAGUGUGAGAAUUUAACAGGAUUUCUGGUGUUUUUCAGGGACACAGCCGGCCAAGAGCGCUUCCGCACAAUCACAACAGCCUACUACAGAGGAGCAAUGGUGAGGGAGUCCACCAUGAACUGUUUAAAAAGACCUGUUUGUUUCUGACAGGGAUUAUUGAAGCCAAUAAUCUAAGGAUGCCAAGUUGAAAAAGCUGAUUCAACUACUUGAUAUCUGAAGAACGAAUGAGUUUUCAAAAAUUCACCUUCUGUGGGGUUAUGCAGACAGAGAGAUGAGCUAUCCGAAAUCUGUUUUGUACCUGGUUGUUAAGUUUUGAAGUAAGGAUAGGCUGUUUGAGAGUGGGUGUGUGAGUUUUAUGAUGCUUGUGGAGCCAGCCUUGAUAAGAUAAUCAAGGAACUGCAAUUGCAAGUUUUCUAGGAAGCCCAGGUCUCUUUGCCUGCUCAUGUUAACACUCAUUAUCCUUUCAUAUUUACAGGGCAUCAUGCUUGUCUACGACAUCACCAACGAGAAGUCUUUUGAAAAUAUCAAGAACUGGAUAAGAAACAUAGAAGAGGUGUGUACUAGCCUAAACAGACCACUCUUAACCUGAAUAAAAAGUCCUGAAAAAACAAAAUAGCACAGCAGAGAAGGUUGUUUUAGUUACGUCUCUAUCUUGUUCCAGCAUGCUUCAGCUGAUGUGGAGAAGAUGGUCCUUGGCAACAAGUGUGACAUCAACGACAAGCGGCAGGUCUCCAAAGACAGGGGAGAGAAAGUAGGAGGCUGUUUCUGUUUACCGUUAUAUAAUAAUUUACAACAUCACUUUGCUAAUAAUGCUGGUUUAUGUUUAAAAACAUGUUAAUGGACUUUAAGUCAAUGUAAGUUUUUAUCAUUUUCUCUCAGCUUGCAUUGGAGUAUGGAAUAAAGUUCAUGGAGACCAGUGCAAAGGCCAACAUCAACGUGGAGAAUGUAAGUAAUUCUUCUAUUCCAGAUAAUAAGAUCAAGACUUUAAAGCCAUUUAUAUAACAUUUUUAAUACCGUUUUUUGUGCUAGGCAUUUCUGACACUUGCCAGAGACAUCAAAUCAAAAAUGGACACAAAAUUGGUAAGAGAAUAGAAAGUAGUCGUAUAAUGUGACAAGUGAGCAGCCGAUCAGACUUUAUCUUUACCCGACAGACUGUUGACCUGUUUUUGUGUCAUAUUUUCAGGAGGGCAACACACCACAGGGGACCGGCCAUGGUGUCAAGAUCUCAGAGCCUCAGAAAAAGACCAGCUUCUUUCGCUGUAGCUUACUCUGAGGACCGAGGCCUUCGACUCUGGCUGCCAGCUAGCUGGACACAAACGGACUGUGCUUGCUCUUAGCACUUCCUUCCCCUUCCCUCUUUCUACCCACCCAUGGCCUGUCCUCCCUGUCCACACAAACCAUUGUAAUCCAAGUAAGCAGAGGAAUCCCCUUCCUCUCUUCCUCUUCUGAAAGCUUCCACUGGUGCAUCUUCCAUUUAAAGGAAAUCUGUUGUCUUCAUGGGUCAGAGUGCUUGUCUGGUCGGGGACUCAGCCAGGAGCAUUUUCCACCUGUUGUUAUCACAGAAAAGACGGGCUCUUGUUUCUGACGUUAGUCUCUUUAUACGACGCACUCAUACAUCAAACGGCCAGUAGCACAACCAAGGAUGAGAAAUCGCUAAAUUAAUGUCAAGAUUUUUGGAUGGUGUAUACAAAAAGUAAUAUGUAGAUCUAUUUUUAUUAGUGCUCUUUUUUAUGUUAUCGAUGCUAACCAGAGACUGAGAGGCUUGAACUUGAGUGAAACAGAGUUGCACAUGCUUUCAUUUCAUCACAAGGUGUCACAAAGGGUGUUAUAGAAGACUUUACUUCUGCUCUGUUCUUUGCUUUGCAUGUAGUCCUCGACAAUCAUUUGAUGCGUUUUAUUUCGUCCCAGUCAUCAGCUUUCAACUGUGUUCAAAUUCUCAGCAACAGGUUUCAGAGACUGGAAGGCGGUUUGACAACAUAACAGCCAGAAAUACUGAACAAUCCAGAUUCCUAUAGACGUAGCUCACUUUCUUAAAACAAAUUAGUGUCAGGGCUUUGCAGAGAUUAGUUGACUUUGUUCAAACUCUCUCUGCAAUAGAAACCUGUAAAAAUAAAAAAACUAACAUACAUGUGACGCUACAGAUUAAAUAGUUUCCACAACCCAUGCAGAAAUUUACCAAUAUUUUAUCUGUUUAUAUGAAUAAUCCAACCAUUUCUUUCCCAAUCUGUUUAUUGUUUGUUUCAAAGUUUGACAAAAAACAUUGAAAGAAAGAACAUUUUCUAAAUCCCAAGUGAACAUCAAUCACGGGAUGUUUUUGAAAUACGACAUCAAAAUCACACAAACGACUUUAAGUAUAUUAACUUCAAUGUGUUGCCUCUUCAUUUCGUUUGAAGGCUUUGUAACAGCUCUGGUUCACUGUAAAGCUGAAUGACGUCCUGGUUUAUCUGAUCAACAAAUCCAAGUCUCGCACUGUAAGCCCCUCUCUUCUCCUCUUACUAUCCACAAAAGCUCUCCUUGCACUUUACCAGUAACUCGUGUUGUGUGGUGUAGUUCGUGCCAAGUGAUAGUUUUGCAAUACAACAAUACAAGUGCUUAGUUGAACAAGUUUGGAUCUAUCAAGUCUUAGUAGUAAUGGGCAUACUUCCUAAAUUUGACUGCACUUAAUUAUAACUGACCUGGUCUCCUUUUUGCUAUAUCACUGCAAGGGAUUCACUGUUUUGGUAUUAGUUCACUGAAAACUUUGCCCUAUUGUACUUAAAUACAUACUGUAUAUUUAUACUUUCAAAAACAAUAAUUUGCAAGCCUGUUUCUAUGCUACUGCCAUGCCAAACAGUACUUAAAUAGUAAUGUUUUUUGGCUCAUUCCAUGAACACAGGCUUGACAUACCCUGAAACACGGUCCCGUGGUAUUAUUGUACAUUUUCUUGCGUGCUUGUGUUUGAUCAUAGUUUGACAGCUAGGUGGCACCACAGGAAAAGUAGACAUUACAGAUGAGCACCUGAACUUCAAUUAUAAUCAGUAUUUUAUUGAGAACACAAGACACACACAGAGAGCCAGACUUGUGUAAUCCAGUCGUGUAUAACCUCUAUUCAACAUAUAUGUUUCAAACUUUCUCCGCUGUUCCUCAUGUUUCGUUCCUGCAUUCGUUGCGCGUCUGAAAAUCAAACUCCUGUAUGCACAACAUCGAGGGAGGAUCUGCUUUUGCUUGCCUGCACUUUUUUUUUCUUUUUUUUUUUUAAAUAUCAAAUAAUUUGGGACCUCAUGACUUCCAUGGCCAUUUGUCUUAACCGCUAAUACUCAGUUCUGUCAUAGGUGAGCUAUGCAUUGUGAAUCUUGGACCUGUGCAUAUUUGUGUGAUGUAAUUUUCAGACAUACAUGUAGGCCUGUACAGUUGAAUGUAUGGGUUUUUAUUUGUUUUUGUUUUGCAUCAUUCACUGAGCCUAAAAAACAGGACAUAACUCUGUCUGUCUUUCAAAAAGGCACAUCCACAGGAGUGAAACUAGCUAGACAGAAGGAUGAACAGGAAGAGUCUUGACACGGGAUAAUGUGGAGAUAGAGCCGUUGUCUCAUUUGGGUGAUGCUGUAGCUUUAAGUCAUUAACAAAAACAUAGGGAGAAGACUUGUGGGACUCAAAGCUGUAUCAUUUGAGGCUGAAAUGAUACUCCCUCUUUGAUUUUGCUUUUAGAUCAUAUCCUUUUUUCUUAAGACUCCUAUCACACGUCAUAUUAUACUGUACAUCCCUUUUUACAGCCAUAUUUUCAUUCCAUUGGUUGUGACGUUCACAGGGAGAAUAAUACAAUACAUUUUGAAAAAAAAGAAAAAAACAUGUAAAUAUCACAUUGAAUAAAAGAGAUCUACUUAAAUUGUACUGUACUUUCUAAACCCAUAUGAUAAUGUAUCUACAAUUUGUAGAUAUGUGUACUUUUGAUUUAAUAAAAUAAGAUUAUAAAACUUAC